AUGGCCACCCUCACUUUGACCCGUCCCGUCCAGCCGGAUAUUCAAUAUGCCCCGGACUACCAGAAGUUCCAGGCUCGGACUGCACGCCAAGUACAGGAGCCCAAUCUCCCAAAGAGCCUUCCCGACGGUCUUCCGGCAAAGUUUGCGAACGAUAUGGUCUGGGAGGGUGCGACGCUGGCCGACGAGUAUGAUUGGACCUAUGCCCUUACAUCAGAACAGCUUGACGAACUUGACGCGGCGCUGUGUCACUUCAGAGGGCUGAACCUGCCGCUGGGUCAUAUUAACCAGGAGAACUUUCCCCUGCCCAAACUUCGCCCUGAGCUUCGCAAGCUUUCAUACGAAUUACACAAUGGGCACGGAUUUUUUGUGAUCCGCGGAUUGCGAGUGGAUGAGCACACCAGAGAAGAAAACAUCAUCAUCUAUGCAGGCUUGUCAUCUCACAUCGCACCCCAGCGAGGUCGCCAGGAUAGGCAGUACGACGGGAAGCCGGCUGAUGUUGUGCUCACUCACAUCAAAGAUUUGACUUUGACGAACGAGAAGGGCCAGAUCGGCAGUCCUGCUUACACCGCUGAUAAACAGGUAUUUCACACAGAUGCUGGAGACAUAGUUUCCCUGUUUGCUCUGUCAACUGCUGCAGAGGGCGGCAAGAGCAAGCUGGCUAGCAUCGCAAGGGUUUAUAAUGAGAUUGCUAGCACUCGUCCGGAUCUCAUCCAUACUCUGACUCAAGACUGGCAAUUUGAAGUCUUCGGCACGCCUGAGAAGUCCUUCACUUCUCGCCCAUUGGUACACUACCAGCCGGCUACGUCAACAACACCUGAGCGUCUGGCAGUGCAAUACGCCCGUCGAUAUUUCGUCGGCUACGGUGCGCUUCCAAGAAGCGAAGAAAUUCCGCCCAUUUCAGAGGCACAGGCCGAAGCCCUCGAUACUUUGCAUUUCCUCGGCGAGAAGUUUGCGGUAAACCUGGACUUCCAGAAAGGUGACAUUCAAUACGCCAACAACAUGGGAAUCUUCCAUGCUCGGGACGGGUUUACCGAUACACAAGAACAACAACGUCAUUUGCUGAGACAAUGGUUGCGCGACCCCGAAUACGGCUGGGAGACCCCCGAACCUUUGAGGGAAAGAUGGGCUCAACUAUAUGACGGUGUCACUCCGGAAGCUCAAGUGUUUCCUCUCGAACCGUUCAUCCGUAGCGAAGGAAACAAGAGUAAAGGCCGCUCCUAG